AUGCGUCUGACGCGCGUUCGUCGCGUUCUGCGAUUCACCCAGUCGCUGUGGCUUCGCGUCUACAUCGAGCUGAACACCACGCUUAGGACGCGCGCGAGCAACGAGUUCGAACGGAAUUUGUACAAACUGAUGAACAACGCCGUCUUCGGCAAGACGAUGAAGAACGUGCGCGAUUACGUGGACGUGCGUCUCGUGACGCGAUGGGACGGGAGAUACGGCGCGGAGGCGAUGAUCGCUAAGCCGAAUUUUCACAGCAGGAGCGUCUUCUCGGAGAAUCCGGUCGCGAUCGAGCUGCGAAGGCUCGAGGUAAAAUUCAACAAGCCGGUCUACGUGGGUAUGUCUAUUCUCGAGAUAUCCAAGACGCGUCUCUACGAGUUUCACUACGACUACAUGGUGCCGUUGUAUGGCGACCGGUGUCGAAUUGCUUACACGGAUAUGGACAGUCUGAUCUAUUCGCUGGAGUGCGAAGACGCGUACGAGUGUAUGAGACGCGACAUACACAGGUUCGACACGAGCGAUUACGCGGAGAAUAACGCGCACGGUAUGCCGCGCGUCAACAAGAAGGUGCCCGGUUUGAUGAAGGACGAGAACAACGGCGCGAUCAUGACGGAGUUCGUGAGCCUCAGAGCAGCGAAGAUGUACACUUACAAGGUACUCGGACGCGACGACACCAAAAGAAUAAAGGGCGUUAAGAGAAACGUAGUCGCGAAGAGGAUCACGUUCGAGGAUUACGUGGCGUGCCUGCGGUAA